AUUUUCUUCCAGAUAAUGGAAGCUAGAAGGCUCGCGAUCCUCUGUUCCCACCUCAACCCAGCUGGUCCGUACCCGACCCGUGACUCGAUUCUCAGGGCUUCCGAUUGUAGCUCAGGUUCUCCCGGCGACGAGAAGGUGGAAUCAUCCAAGCCCCAAAACGACUGCGUUUUCUGCAAGAUUAUCCGUGGCGACUCGCCAUGUCUCAAGCUGUACGAGGAUGAUAUGUGCUUGUGUAUUUUGGAUACUAGCCCACUUAGCCAUGGCUAUGAACUUUUCUUAUCCGGGCGUUUUCAGGCACUCUCUGAUCAUUCCAAAAUUACAUUAUCCAACCUUAGAGGAAACUCCUCCCUCAGUAAGUUCCUCUUCCUGCCUUGUGUGUUUCUAUUUGCUCAUGGGUCUCCUCCAAGGAGCAUGCAGGUAGUUGCUGCCAUGUGUUCCAAAGUGCCUCUUAUCAGUAAUGCCAUCGUGAAAGCUACCGGCAGUGAUUCAUUCAACUUAUUGGUUAACAAUGGCGCAGCAGCUGGGCAAGUCAUAUUUCACACACAUAUUCACAUAAUCCCGCGUAAGGAACAUGACUGCUUAUGGGCUUCCGAGAGCUUGCGGAGACACACACUGAAACUGGACAAGGAAGCAUCUCAACUGGCGUCGAGUGUUCGACAGCAAUUGUGCAGCCUUCCCGAAGAACAGUUGGUUCAGCCCUCAUAA